UGCCAUUCAAAUAGUUCCGUUAUAAAUGUUCCAUCGUCCCCAUCGCAACGGAACUUAACCGCGCGAGGAAUGAUUUCUGAUGCGCUGUGGUUUAAAGAGGCAGACUGCGGCGCCUACGCUGCGCAUGCGUGUGUCUGACGUCGGUUCGUGUAUAUGUGUGUUCUAAGGAGUGUAUGCGUGAGACAGCAGUGGUUGUGUAUUGCUGCUGAUGAGAGGAGAGGGAGAUAAAUAUUACCGAAACAUCACCCGUCGAUUAAAAACAACACCGCACGAGAGCACCUUAAAUCAAGGACUUCAGAUAAAAACGGAUACAUGUGUCUCCGAGGGAUUGUAAUAAAAGUACACGCGGUUGAUUUGUGGGAUUAUCGGUGGUCUCGAGGUUAUUUUAUCGCGCUAACAGGCUAAUAACAAGCGCAGGUGGAUGACUCGCGCGACUCGACCUGGAUGUUGGCCUGUGUUACUUUGAAGCAAAUAUAUUUUGAGGAAUAAAACGCACAGUCGAAUUGAAGUAACGGAUUCAAUGAAUUUUGACGGGGAGUCGAAGACACAUUGAGGAUCGUGUUUUAUUUCAAACCGGGAAAUCAAACGAGGGGGUCGGAUGGGCUAGCUAACCGGCUAGUGGGUUUACCUCAGAUGGGCAGGAUGCUGAUGCUAGUACAUUCUGUGAUUUAAAGGCUUAUUUUAGUUCCCCUUUAUUUGACACCACCGCGGGUUAAAACAUUGUAUUCUUUGGUGUCUGUAUGAAAUAUUGUUUUGUGCUUUUUUUUGGAUAUUUUUUAAGGUUUAUUAUUUUAAUCAAUAGGUUUUAUUCAAAUACACUUCCAGUAUAUUAUGUAAAAUAACGUUAUGUUAUUAACCUACGGGACAGUCUGUGUUUCACACUGUUAAGACCGUUAGAGAGGGUCUACAUCUAUGAGUUUAAAACUAAUGUAAAAUUUGUGAUAACAUUUAAUGCAUCCUGUAAUAUUUUUACAGAUUAUAUUUUUCUUAAAAUGAAAGUAAAUUAGAUUGUUUGAAGUGAAACAGGGAAAUGGGACAAACUUUUUCUUGUGGAUAGUAGCUUUGCAUACAGAAACAAUAUCUUAUCAUUCAAAAGGAGCCAUGUUAUGGGAGUGAAACAUUAUUCCAAUGUCUGCCAAAGUAAAUAUUCCCAUUUGAUUAUUUACAGACUGGUGGACACUUAUGGGUCUGAACAAGUAUUUUUCCUUCUGUGUGUAUGCUAGAAGAGGUCACCAACUGGGGCUGAAUUCCGAAGAUUAUUACCUUGUGGGAUCGUAAUACAAAGUAUUGGAUUUUCUGUAGUAUUUACAUUUGUCGCUGGAGUGACAGAAUUAUCUCAAUGGAGCAAAUUCUCUCCAGCCCUCAGGGUUGUUCCGAGUGGGAGGUGAGUGGGAAAGGAGAAUGGAAAUCUGACCAGGAUUCUCUUGGAUUUUUCAUUGUGGAUAAAGAUAACAGUUCUGUUAAGGAUUCCACUGAUGAGAUUUUUCAAGACAACACCAUCAACUUGAAUGACUUGUUUUGGGCUUCUCGGUAUUCAGGACAGUCAUAUCAAUGGGGAAAUAAUCUGGAAUGUGUCUGCCCUGACUGGGAGACUCCGCCACCUCAUACCAAAGAUGAGGAUUAUCCGGGGAGUUCAGGCAAUGUUGUUGGAGAUCUAAUCAAUUUUAGUUCCACAUCCACUCCAUCAAGUCCUGAACAGACACCUACAAAUCUUUUAGAAGUGAGCAUAGAUGAGAAAACAUUUUUACAAGAAUCCCACCUUGUGCUCGAGGACACAGAUUUAACAAACUGUGAAUUCAACCAUAAUUCUUUAGUGAAGAGGAGAUUUGUAAAUGAGGAAAGUCAGAUCUCUUCUUCACAUGGGACUAAUCCGAUUGUGAAAUCUGAAGGUUUGUUGGCGGUUUCUCCACCUACAUGUAAACACAACUAUCUGUCAUCCACCACCCUACUUCAUGAGUCCACCACGUCGGUGACAUGUGGAGAAUCAUCGCUCAUGCAGUGUUAUGAGGACGGUGCAUCCCUUCCACUGGACGAGAAAGAGAUUUCUUCACCCAUUGGACUUUUGGCUGGAGGUCUGUGCUCUGAACAGGAGAAUUCUACGCCCUCAGCUAUUAACAAAACCAUUGACAAUGAACUCCAGAGCCUGGGGAUAACAGAAACUACUGAAGAAACAACACUGCUAAUAUCUGAAGAAGAGACCAUCUGCACGAGACCAGAGUCUUGGAUAUCAUCUGAACCUUAUAAUGAGACGUUACAUGACUCACACACAGAGUGCAAUUCUGACAGAGAAUUGGAAACUGAAGGUAACCCUCUUGCAGUCACCUCUAUAGAUCCUUUAAUUGAUCUUGGAAGAAUUGAAUCCACAUUGGCCUUAAACACAACUGAAGAUUAUGCCUUACUUGAUCUCUCACCCGAGUCUUACACCUGCCCUAAGGACCACAGCCAAUCCACAUCAACUACUGACGCCAAAGCCUUAUUUGCGCUUGCUUGUGGCCAAGACAUUUUUGCUGACAUGUUUGACGUUGGUGCACUAACCUCCUGUGAAGCUGUGCAAUCUUCAAAUUCUUGUAAACCUGUUAUGUCACCUGAGAUUGACGACUCGCAGCCCACAACACAACCCAACCAACAGUCUAAUGCAAGCUCACCUGACUUUAAAAUUCAUAAUAAAGUUCAUAAUAUUACAGAUGCAGUAACAGUUAGCCCAGACAGUGUUCCUGAGGCUAUGGAAAAACAGCGUACAGGCGAUUCAACCACGACAGAGGAUCCACACAGCGUUACACAGACAAAUAUCUUCUCAGAUUUGAAUCAAAAUCAGGAAGAAACUGCUCUUAGAGGCAAGUCAAAUGAUUUUGAAGUCAAUUUCCAAGUUUGCAAUGACAAUUUAGACUUAAAAGCAUGUAUACUGGAUGACCACAAAGAACUAAAUAGAUUGAAUCAAGCAUUUCAGGAAGAAAUCACUGCUCAGAAAAUUACAGACAACACACCAGUGGAAAAUCUUAAGCCUGCGGACCAAUUAACUUCAAAUUCAAGUACAAUUGUCAAAGUUCCACUUGAAGAAGACACAACACCUCACCAUGACAAUCACGAUAGCAUGUCCAACAACGAAGAGAAAUUUCACAGUGUUUCUUUACACGAAGAAGAGAUAACGGAUUGCCGGAUGUCUAUUCACAAUCAAGUCAUUCUUCAAUGUGCAAGCAAUCCGGAUUCGCCAGAGUUCACUCCCUUUACCUGUGCAGGUGAUCAGCUGACCAUGAUGGGUGGACUUGUGGGGUGGGAUCAAGAAGUUCCCAGCAAGUUAAGUGAGGGAGAGGCGGAGCUUCCUUCUCAGCCCACUCAUCAGGAUGAUUUCCAUCAGGUGAUACUAUCACAACCAGACCUGCCACAGGAGCAACAAGUAAGCUCUGUGUCCCUCAGCUCUCCGUCUAGAAAUGUCUUUCCGUGUGGAGCCGGUCUGGACGGGGAGGCUUACUUGACCCUUAUGGAGAAAACACCUGAUACUCAAGAAAUGACUCUGGGUCUUUGCAAAGCCUCGGAAGCUCUGCACAACGAUUCAUUUCAUGACCAGAGGGUCACUUCUGAUUUGAUAAACGUGCCUAUAGUUUCUGUGUUGGCCAGAGGAGAUGAGGAACAUUCUGCUCUUCGGGCAGUUUUCCAGGCUUUGGAUCAGGACGGUGAUGGAUUUGUACAUAUCGAGGAGUUUAUGGAGUUUGCAAAAGCAUAUGGAGCUGAACAGGUGAAGGAUCUUACGAGGUUCUUGGAUCCCAGUGGUCUGGGCGUGAUCAGUUUCGAGGAUUUCCACAGAGGCAUCAGCGCUAUCAGUGGCGAAGGGUCUGAUCCAGAUCUCUACAAGACUCGACUCAGUUCAGUGGAAGCCGGUGGACCUCCAGAGGAAUACGAUGAGCAGGCGGAGAUCUCUGACAGUGCCUAUCUCGGCUCAGAAAGUGCCUACAGCGAGUGUGAAACCUUCACAGAUGAAGAUACGACAGCUCUGGUCCAUCCAGAACUUCACGAGGAUGUGGAGACGGACAGCGGGAUUGAAAAUACAUUGACGGACGGAGAUGAUCGCAACAGGUUCAUGCUGGGCUCUGAUCUGAAUGGCCACACCACGGUGGCUGUGAUUGGUGGAGACGAGGAGCACUUUGAGGAUUUUGGAGAGAGCAACAACUCUUCAGACCUGCUUUUUGCCAAUCAGGAGGAGGGGAGAGUCGCUACGGAGGGGGAGGGAGAUGUGGAGCACCUCCCACACCCUGACAGUCCAAUGCCCCGUCCACUCAUGCUGCUUUCACCAAGCCCCAGCUCUUUUCCCGCUAGCUUUCAGAGCUUCCUUCAGUCUGAGGCGCUGGAGUUUUUCUGCACUCACUGUCAUAAGCAGAUCAGCCGUCUGGAGGAUCUGUCCACGCGACUGCAGCUGUUAGAGAUGAAUAGUUCCAGUAAGAGGCUGUCCAGUAAGAAAGCAGCGAGGCAUUUGCAACAGUGCAGUGCUCUGGAGGGUAUGGGCGAUCUGAAUCAAGAUAUUUUGGACCUUGCGGAUCGGGACAUCACUGACAAGGUGUUAUUACUUGAGAAGCGCGUGUGUGAGCUAGAGACGGAUUCGUUGGAGAGCGAGGAGCAGAUCACUCGUCUGCGGCAGGAGAAUCUAACUCUAGUUCACCGUGCGAACGCUCUGGAGGAACAGCUGAAGGAACAGGAGCUCCACACGGAGGAGACAUUACACCUACACACUCGUAAACACAGAGACGCUCUUGCCAAACUCCAGCGAGAGAGAGAACUCGAGAUCGAGAACCUUCAGGCCAGGCUUCAUCAGUUGGAUGAGGAGAACAGCGAGUUAAGGUCGUGUGUUCCCUGUCUGAGAGCCAACAUAGAGAGACUAGAGGAGGAGAAAAGAAAGCUGCAGGAUGAGAUAGAUGAUGUCACAGAACGAUUGAAUGAAGAAAUGGAAUCUCGCCGGAAGAUGUCGGACAAACUGAGCCAUGAACAUCACACCAACCAUACAGAGAAGGAGUGCACACAGGGGUUGAUAGAGGACUUGAGAAAGCAGCUGGAACAUCUGCAGCUGUUUAAAUUGGAGACAGAAGCUAAAAGAGGCCGAUCGGCGAGCUGUGGACUGCAGGAGUACAACACGCACAUGAAAGAGAACGAGCUGGAGCAGGAGAUACGCAGACUCAAACAGGACAAUCGCAGUCUGAAAGAACAGAAUGAUGAAUUGAAUGGCCAGAUUAUAAAUUUGAGUAUCCAGGGAGCAAAAAGUCUGUUUACAGAGUCGCUCUCCGAGUCUCUCGCUGCUGAGAUCAACAACGUCUCCCGCACUGAGCUGAUGGAGGCGAUACACAAACAAGAGGAAAUCAACUUCCGUCUGCAGGAUUAUAUUGACCGGAUCAUCGUCGCCAUCAUGGAGUGUAACCCCUCCAUCCUGGAGGUCAAAUAAUCACGACAUGUUCAUUCAAGAGUGAUUCAUAAACUGUAACAUUGAACAGACCCGGAUAGAAUGUGAAGAAUUCUGUGUUGAUCAACACCGCUUUCACACAAAAAUGAUUUGAUUCUGAUCACUGUAUGUGUGUGUGUGUGUGUGUGUGUGUGCGUGCGUGCGUGCUAGAGACAGAUUGACUGUUGGUUCCUGUGACGUCCCUGUGUUUUGGGUUCGAGGCACCAUUUCUCUUUCUGCAUUUAUGAUGUGUGAAUAUGAAAGAUAUUCAUAGAUUUAAUUUCACAUUUUGUCUCAUAUGCACAUGUUCAUAUAUAGAUGUGCAGUGUAAAUGUUUUGAUUUAAAUAGCAGUGUAAUUGAAGAUAAACAGUCACAUCGUCAGCCCACGUGAGGGACAUUUGCUGACCUGAGGGUUUAACGUGUGUCUGUUUGUUUGACUUGUGACUCUUAACUGAGUUUGAUCCAGAUUUGUUUUGCCUUGAGCAGCUUAUAUAUUAGUUAUAUAAUGUAAGUUAUAUAAUUCUCAUGUACAUGUUGUCUUUAAACUCUUAUUUAUUACGAUGAUGCAGAAUGCAAAGGAUCAAGAAAGAUCACUUUCUUGCUGAGUUGUUGCUGGAUAUCCGUCUACUCUGUCCUGGAGUCAUUCAGAAAGACUUUGAUUUCCUAUACAAAAAGACUGAACAUUCACUGGAGCAAACCAUUCACUGCACUCCAAUGUUUUAUUCAAAGAGAUAUUUUUUACUUUCUAAUUGAUUUAAAAAGUGAAAACAAAAAUGUUUUAAGGAAAGAUGCAAAAGAAGACACCUGAAGACAAGCAGAGACAAGACACGAAUUAGACUUUUCAUGAGCCAGUUUGUUUAUAUCUGGCUUUCAGCACUCUACUGUCAUUUCGCUCUCUGUGGAAUUUGGAUGUAAAUAUUAAUCUCAAAACAUUUUCUUUAUUUGUUUUUGGAUAGCUUCACAUAUUUUUAUGAACAAAGGGAAAGAGAGAUUCUGUUUGAUUUGUCUUCCACUUGAGUGAUGUAAUGGAUGGACAUCUCUCUGUCAUCUGGCACAAGCAUGCUUCAGUUUUACUUUGGGAUUUUGAUACUCACGGCUUGUCAUACUUCCAAGAACAGAGAUUGUAGUUUUUAAUGAUGAGCAACGAAAUGCUGUUCUCAUGAGAUUAUUUCUUUAUCUUAUUUUGGAUCGUGAAAGUGCUGCAGCAUCUUUAUCUGUAUAAUCAUGCUGCUGGUUUUAUCUUUCUGCUUAUACAAUACUUACACAAAAGUAUUUCACAUUUGUUGUCUGAUGUUUUGUAAAGGAUGAUGGGGGAAUGGAGUUGAGAAAAGUCAUUUAUCUUCAGUCUUUGACCAAGGGAUCUGACCUUCUCAUCCAAAUGGUCGACUGCUGUUCUCGUCUGUACAGUAGAUUUACUGUAUCUACUAUGACGGACACUUCAAAAUACAGGAACAGUUCAGCCUCUGUGAACUUUAGUCUUGAUCUGUCAGAUUCCUUAAUUUCCUUGAAGGAAGAACUGAAUUUACUGCUAUCGAUAUGACGUUAAACAAAUGAAAUUGUGCACAUUAUUUUACAUUCAACAGAUGUUUCCAGUGUCCAAAGAAAACAUUUACCUGCUUAGGAGUUCUGCUUGCCACUUAGACUUUAAAGACCAAUAAUAGUUCUACAUAAAUGUUAAUACAGAAUAAAAGUGAAGAAGCACUCCUUAUAAUCAAGGACAGAAGUGUACAGAUGUUUACUCUUAAUUGUUAAGGUUACUGUAUAAAUGAUCAAAUCUAUCAGUAUUGUCUUCUGCUGAAUGUUUUGCUUUCUUUUGAAGAUGCCCCCUAAGAUGUAUCUUUUACUGUUUGGGGUCUUAUAGAUUUUCAAAUAAUUGUAUGAAGGUUCAAUGAAAAUAAAUAAGUCAACAAUAAAUUAAGCGAAAACACC